AUGAGGUUACUCGAUUAUUCCGUGGGAUUUUGUAUUCAAGAAGUCGCCGCUUUGUCGACGUUGCUAGGAGAGGAGUUCGAUCGACGGAAGGUUGAGAUGAUGGAGACUGUUUUAGCGGAAGGUGGGGAUGUGAGGGCAUUUUCUCGAUACCGCGACUGGUUUAAACAGCAACUGCAUGCAAGCCGCAUUAUGCGGUUUGCUAGGUUUCUAAUGAGUCAAAAACACGUACAUCCUACUCUCCCAAGAAGCCUGCGCUUGAAGAUGCUGGAAGAACUUCUGCAUCUCCAGGAAUUGGCUAUCUCACUCAUCGAUGCUGUAGUUUCACGGGUGUUACGUUCCAAUCCCGAGGGGGAGCUUAGCUUGGAACUCACAAAUGAAGUUACAGAGGAAGUGAGACGAAUCGUCUAUCUCCGCCGUGCUCAGGUGUUCAUGUCCCCACAUUUGAGCCACCAGCUGCGAGCCAUUGAAAAUAUGAAUCACCGCGGAAUCCUUCUGCAACAAGAGAAGAUCGCUAAAAUAGAAGCACGUCCCAAACUAACCUUUGACGAGCAAGUUACCGAACUCAUUCACGUUGGAAAGUGGAGAAAAAAGACCGUAGACGAGACUCGAAAGGCGAUAGAGGAGGCCAAUGCCAAGAAAGAAGAAUCAGUGUACUACUUUCCCCCAAGGAGUCAGAGCGCUGCCAGUGAACGCCAGGGCCUGCGCUUGAAGAUGCUGGAAGAACUUCUGCAUCUCCAGGAAUUGGCUAUCUCACUCAUCGAUGCUGUAGUUUCACGGGUGUUACGUUCCAAUCCCGAGGGGGAGCUUAGCUUGGAACUCACAAAUGAAGUUACAGAGGAAGUGAGACGAAUCGUCUAUCUCCGCCGUGCUCAGGUGUUCAUGUCCCCACAUUUGAGCCACCAGCUGCGAGCCAUUGAAAAUAUGAAUCACCGCGGAAUCCUUCUGCAACAAGAGAAGAUCGCUAAAAUAGAAGCACGUCCCAAACUAACCUUUGACGAGCAAGUUACCGAACUCAUUCACGUUGGAAAGUGGAGAAAAAAGACCGUAGACGAGACUCGAAAGGCGAUAGAGGAGGCCAAUGCCAAGAAAGAAGAAUCAGUGUACUACUUUCCCCCAAGGAGUCAGAGCGCUGCCAGUGAACGCCAGGCCACAACGCCGCUCUUGCGGAGCAGCCCCCCAACACUCCAAUCACAUGGAACUUCCCAAAACUGGAGAGGCUCUCCCAAAAGCGGAUUAUCUGGUGAGGUGGAGGGAUACCUACCACGGCAUCACGAAUCCCAGGUCACGCAGAGCGCUGCUACUGAUGUCGUCAAUGGCUCAGGAACACACUUCGCCAGCAGGCGACCAGCUUGCCAAUCCCCCCUCCCAGAGUUUCAUUCUUUACGGGUUCAAAGCGAGAGCAGUUUCAUGGGAGUCACAAGCAUGAAGGAGAUAAGCACAGGUGGUUUUGGAAACACUGAGGCAAGCCUCGCUCCAGAAACCCUGCCGGCAACAGGCAGAUUCAGCCAAAUGUAUAUAGGUGGAAGCGAGCUAAAAAGCUAUGUCCAGCCAUACCAGGCUCCCACUCUUGCCUAUCAUCCUGGCCAAUCACUGCCUGAGCUGGGCACAGCUCCUUCCGAACCGGGCGUUAGCCUCAAUAUACGCUGGGAUGAACAUGCCUCUCUCGGCCCUGCCUCCACUUCUUCUCUGGACGCCAGGUUGCAACGAACAGUGGCAGGUGCCGACGUGCCACUGGAGGCACCACGGCAAGAUUGGGAUGCUGCAAAGCAGUCUGGCGUGGCCACAACACCAUCGUGGUCGCCAUGGUCCAGGAACUGGCCUCCCCUCCUACCUUCCACCCCUCCGCGUCAGACUCCAGCUUCGACUUCCCCAACGGCAGCAUGGUCACCAUGGUCCAGCAACUGGCCUACCCUCCUACCCAUCACCCCUCAGCGACAGACUCCACAUUCACACAUGACACUUGACAGGUCACAGGGAGGCACUUCCCAUCAGACAUCGCAAAAGGGCGAUCGGCUGCCAUGGGUGUCCUCGUUUUUCCCUGCUCCUUCACCCUCUUCGGGUCCCUUCACAACACAACAAUCUAUGGCCUCGGCAGGUGCUACGAUGCUCUACUCCGGGCAACCACAGGAGGGGUUUGCGAGCGAGCAGAGCAUGACCCCGCCCCCGUCACGACCUCACCUUCCCAAGCAGCCUUCUUCCAUAUCCCCUGCGUCUUCGCUAAUGAUGGAGCAGGGAGUUCA